AUGACACCGCACGAAUCCGCUCUGCCGCUUUUCGACGCCCACGCCCACCUGUACGCGGCGGCGUUUGCCGACGACCUGGACGAUGUGCUGGACCGAGCGGCCACCCAAGGCGUGCAGGUGGUUCUCUGCGUGAGCGAAACGCUCGCGGAAGCGGAGCGAGUCAUCGAGUUGGCGGACCGCCAUCCGCUCAUCAAGCCCUGUGCCGGGCUGUACCCGACGAUUCUGGACCGCGAUGCAGCGGCGGCGAUGCUGGACUUCAUCCGCCAGUACCAGGACCGACUGGUGGCCAUCGGCGAGGUUGGCCUGGAUUACUGGAAGGUGCAGGACGCCGCUGACCGCGAGGUGCAGCGCGACAUUCUGGCGCAGCACAUUGCCCUGUCCCGCGAACUCGAUAUGCCGCUCAACGUCCACUCGCGUUCCGCUGGCCGUCACGCCAUCGCCUGGCUGCGCGACAACGGCGCCCGGCACGUUCUGCUGCACGCCUUCGACGGCAAAGCCGCCACCGCUCGCGCCGGUAUCGAAGCGGGCUACUAUUUUUCCAUUCCCCCUUCGAUCGUCCGUUCGCCGCAGAAACAGAAACUCGUUCGCCACCUGCCGCUGGAGUACUUGCUGCUGGAGUCCGACGCCCCCGUUCUGGGUCCCGAGAAAGACGUACGCAACGAGCCGUGCAACGUCUGGCUCUCCUGCCAGCACAUCGCCGCUAUCAAGGGCGUGCCAGUGGAAGAAGUGGCCCGAAUUACAACCGCUAACGCCAAGCGCCUGUUUCCACGCGCCUUUCAGUAG